AUGAAAACCUCUCGCUAUGCCAACACUCGCCAGAAAUCAUGCCAGCAGUGCUCCAGCGCCAAGGCCCGAUGCGACCGCAAACAGGCCGGGUGUUCUCGGUGUGCUCAGCGCGGCCUUGUCUGCACCUAUGCUGUUGCAAAAGCUGCAUCGAUACCGAGUCCAGGCUCCGAAUUUUCCCUCAACUUAAAUACAGCAGAACCCGUGAGGAGCUCCCCUCAUGGUACGGGGACAGUGGCCUUUGCCGCCAGCCACGGCGCUUCUAGUUUUGCUGUAGAGGCCGACACGCAUGACGGACUCGACUUUUCACGCCUCAAUCUGACCUGCCCUAUCGACGUGGAAAGGAUCCAAAACCGAUGGCUCAAUCCGUACUUUGAGCAGCCGGACCAGUCUAUCAAACAAUACCCGCCCAUGAUAAAACGCUUCGUCUUCCGCAUCCUCAAGUCAUACGCCGCCAUGGCGGCGCGUGGACGAGCUACACUGCCCUUUGUCCACCCAACCCAGUUGGACGUUCCCGGCUCGUACCUCGCGACAUGUCUGAGCCUGGCUCGCGUCAGCGACAACCCCCUGCCCGGGAGUGAAGAUGCCGCGGCCGCCAUUCUACAGCGGGAAAUGGAUGCCAUUACUGCACAGGACCAAGAAGACGCCGACAACGUGACGACGCUCGCUGCCUUUCAGGCCUACCUGAUUUACAUUCUGAUUUUAUUCUUUCGGCUGAACCAAGGGCCUGGCCCUUUAUUCCGCAGCGCCAUGACGACACUGCAGGGUCUGGCCUGUGUGGCGUCCCGAAAGGGCCUCGUCUGCGCUGCCGAUGCUACGCAUACGCGACCGCGAUGGGAAGAAUGGAUUGUCGCCGAGGCGAAGCGGAGGACGCUCUAUGUCAUGUACUUGCUGGACAAUGUGCUCUCUGACCAGGAGAAUCUUCCUACAUAUCUCGGCACGGAGCUGCGCGGGCUGCCAGUUGCCUCGGACAAGCCGCUGUGGCAGGCCCAUACGCGUGCGGUCUGGGAGAGGGACUAUAAUGUCUUUCUGGCAGAGUGGUCAGAGCAGGCUUUGACGAUUGAUGAGCUCUGGCCGGUUCCACCGGAGAUGGACGACGCUGGCAUCGUUCGACGUCGAAGACGAGUUGACCAUUGGCUGGAGAACCAGGACGAGUUUGGUACGAUGCUAUUUGCCGUGACUGGCUGUACACAUGGAAGUGUGUGA